CUUCCUGGAUGUAGGGGAGACUGGAUGACAGCUGGGUUGUUUUCAUCAAGCAGGGGAACCCGGCUGGACAGGAAAGCUGAAGAAAAGGCCACUCCGAAGAAGGCGCCAUGGAGCCCCCAGAGGAGAGGGCGGGUCGUUCCUUUGUGGAGGUGAUCAAUGAAAAGUACAGCCCAGAAAACUUUCCGUGCCGCAGAGGUCCUGGGAUGGGGGUAGUGGUGGUUCCCACUGCGGGUCUUCAGGGUUCCCCCAUGAAAGACCGCCUGAACUUGCCCAGUGUUCUGGUGCUGAACAGCUGCGGGAUCAACAAGGCAGGGGACCAGGCGGAAAUCGCUGCCUUUUGUGCUCAUGUUAUUGAGCUGGACCUUUCGCACAACAAUCUGCACGACUGGCAUGAGAUCAGUAAAAUCACAUCAAGCAUCCCCAAUCUGGAAUUCCUCAACUUGAGCUCCAACCCGCUGGCAGGAACCAUCCUUAAGCCGCAGUGCGCCGAAGCCUUUCCCCGAGUGCGACGCCUCGUUCUCAACAACACUCAAAUCUCCUGGGAUACGGUGAUGCUGCUGACCCAGAACAUUCCAGAGCUGGAGGAGCUGUUCCUGUGCCUUAACGAGUACAGAAGUGUAAGUGCCUCUAGUGUGGCCUGCCCCACGCUGCGCCUCCUUCACAUCACCGACAACAGCCUCCAGGACUGGGCAGAGGUGUGCAAGUUUGGCUCCAUGUUCCCCAGACUGGACACUCUGAUAAUGGCCAACAACAACUUGGCCUCCAUUCAGGACAGCAAGGAUAUUCUGGAGCGGCUCUUCCCCAAGCUGCGCAGCAUUAACUUAAACAACUCAGGUCUUAAUCGAUGGGAAGACAUCGAGAAGCUGAACUACUUUCCGAAGUUAGAGGAGGUUCGAUUGCAGGGUAUUCCCUUACUGCAGGCUUACACCAAUGCAGAGCGCCGCAACCUCGUGAUAGCUCAGCUUCCCUCAGUUUCCCUUUUAAACGGCAGCGUUGUGACCGACGCCGAGCGAGAAGAUGCGGAGAGGUUCUUCAUUCGUCACUACCUACACUGCCCUGAGAAGGAGCUACCUUACAGAUACCAUUCCCUGGUAACCAAGUAUGGCAAGCUGGAGCCUCUGGCUGAGAUCGACCUCAGACCUCGCUGCUACGCUCAGGUCGAAGUUCACUGUGAGGAGAAAGUGGAGCAGCUCAACAUCCGGUUGGACCAAACCGUGGCUGACCUGAAGAAGCAGCUGACGACGGUGGUCCAGCUCUCCACCAACAGCAUGAGGCUCUACUACAUCAACAAGGACAGCGCCUUUGGUCCGGAAGAACUGAAGUACAACACGCGGGCCCUCCACUCCUACCUCAUCCAGGAUGGGGAUGAAAUAUUGGUGGUUCCCAAGACCAAGUAGAAGCCUUUUGUUGUGCAGCUUGAUAAGAAGAAGUUAUUUGCUGGGGAUUAUGUUGAUUGUUAAGUCGAUAUUGGUUGAAAAUAGUUUUGAAGGUGGCUCACCUUUUGUAGUGUAGAGCAGCAGUUUUAAGACGAGCGCCAUAUUGGAGGCUAGUUGGUUGGCGCUCAGUGAAAAUCCAGAAAUAACAAGUUUCAGUUUUAUUUGAAGGGAAACCCAGUCAAGCGAGUGGAUAUAUCCAUCACCGCACAGCAAAACUCCGCUGCUUAUGUUUUACAUGGCAUCCACCAAGGCACCUUCACAGGCAAACUCCACGCCGGCUCGCCCACCUGACUGAACAAGAACCGGUCGCUAUGUGGAGACGGACUAAUUUCAGGGGCACCGUGGCCUUCAGCACUGUAGAAAAUCUCACCAAACAAAAGUAAAACACAGCAUGUGUGAUCAAAAUGGGUCCAUUUGUGUGGAAGGACAUUUGAAAGUCAUAGGGAAAUCAUAUUUAAAUGUCAAAUCAUUCUGGCUUAAACAUGUAUGUAAAUGUAUUCUUUAUCAGACCAUAUAUUCCCAAAAGAUAGAAAAUUAAAAUCUGU